AGGGCGGAGCAGGACAUGACGUUGAUUUUCGCGCAAGGAAGGCCCGGGACUGGCGCGCCAAAUUUCAAAGGACUUCCUCCAGGAAAGAAGGCGAAAAGCUGCACCGACGUCUGGCGAGCGACGGCGAUAAAAUGCUGCAUAAACUAUACAUUUUGUUUAAAGUGUAGUUGCUGAACCCGCUGGUGGAGCUGUCGACGGUGUUUCAUUGGCGGCAGUUUGAGGAAUAAUUCGCAUAAAGUCGGUGUGUCAUUGUUAUCAGACAGGCCUGCGCCGUUACAGCCUGUCAGGCUUCCCACCUGUGAGCCGGCUGAUGUCAGGAGGAUGGGAUUUUAAUCUCUCUCUCUCUCUCUCUCUCUCUCUCUCUCUCACACACGCCACAUGCACUCCCGCACACAUGCUCAGGUGACAACUGUUCAAACCUUAAAAUAUUAGACCUCAGAAUUCCAGCUAAAAGUCACGGCUGUCAAGUCUUUUGGCAGGUUUGCUUUUUCACGGUUUCAAUGUUUACUGCACCUUUCGAUUUAGCAGCACUGUAACACACAGGCUGUCUACAUUAUUGAAGAUCUUUAUUCUCAAAUCCAUCUUCUUACUGCCUCUUCUCUAUCGGGGAUUUAGUCUAUUUGAGAUUGAGAGAGUGCAGAAGCUAAUUUCCACACUUCACCAGUUUAUACAGUGCUCCAUAUCCUCAUUAUUUAUUCAUGUAUUCACAGCAGUGCACAAGGAGUCAUCAGCUUUCCAUACUAAUGCAAACACCUGUUGUUGCACAUGCCAGUAAGCAUCACACUCAGUGCUUUCAGACCUAUGUUUAGGAUAUUUUAGCUUUAUUAAUGCAUUCAACACUGUUUGGGCAAAUGCCUUCCAAUUAACCUCUGUCCGCUAGCAAAGAAUUGUAUCCCAAAAUGCAUCACAGCCUCCUGUAACUCAGGGGCCUGUCACAGAUACAGUCUGGCCUAGUGGGGGUGCAGGUGAGGGCUUAGCCGUGGCAGACAAUCAAACCCUUCAGUCAUGCUGUCUGGGGUGCAGCCAUGCUUCCAGUUGCUUCGCAUCGGCUCGUCGGCAUCCGACUCGGCACGGGACCUGUACACGUUCAGGCCGGUGCUGAGCCAGUCUGUGUUCCGACUGGGCCGGGCGGCCGAGCUGUGUGACGUCACGCUGGACUCGUCGUCGGUGUCACGGAUCCACGCUGAGCUGCAUGCGGAGAGGGAGGAAGGCAAGGGUAAUGCAGCGACACAGGAGGAGGGCUGGAGUGUCCACAUCAAGGACAGGAGCAGUCAUGGCACCUGGGUCAAUGAGGUCCGCCUCCAGCAUGGCAUUCAGUGGGAGCUCUCAGAUGGCGACACGUUGACCUUCGGUGGCCAGUCGGCUCCAGGGAGCCCAGAGUUCUACUUCCUCUUCCAAAAGGUCAAAGUUCGUCCGCUAGACUUUGAUGCCAUCACGAUUCCAAAGGCGGGUACCUUCUCCUCCGACUUACAGAACCGAAUCAGAACUAACCCGGACCGCAAGGCAGCCGCCAACAUGGACCUGUCUAAUCUGCCCAUCAACCGGGCCACCGUCAUCCUCAACUCCAUCGGCAGCCUGAGUAAGAUGAAGGGCAGCGCCUGGACCUUUAAGAGGAGCCACAGCCACGAGGGCACCACCUCGGACCCCGGCUCCUCCUCCUCCACUCCUCCCACUGUGGCCUUAACCUCUCUGCUCCCGCCCUCCACGCCGCCAUCUUUCUCCUCAGCAGCAUCAGUGCCUUCAACAAAGUUCCACCAGCCGACAUCGAGGAGCAGGAGGAAGUCGGCGCACACGGUGCUCCUCGAGGACGACAGCUCAGACGAACCCCGAAGUCGAGCAGAUCCAGCAGGAGUCGUUGAAGACGGACAGAGGUCGAGGGGGAAGAAGAGGCGGCGGCUCUACAAGUCUGAGUCGGAGAGUUUUAGCCCCCCGCCUCUGCUGCCGCUGCAGCCCAAGAGCCACAACGACAUCCGGCGGCCGCUGGAGGCCAAGCCCUUCCCCGUCGGCAUCAGGACCAUCGGCAGUUUCCACGGCGCCAUGACCAACAGCAGACUCAACCACCACCCCCUCCAGGCGUCACUCGCCAACCCUGCGGUUCGCAAACAGGAAGUGCAGACGAUGUACCGGGUCCAGACGUCGAUGCACACAAACAUCGCAGCUUUCCGCCAACAGAAACCCGCCCACAGUUCUCCGACGGCGCAGAGAGGCAGGCGGAGGGCUCACUGCUCUCCCGUUUUCUCCCCGCUGGUCGUCGGAGGGGAGAACUACAGUCCGGCCUCGCCUUCAGUGAGGAUCCGCACAGAGGAGAGAGGCAGGGUGCAGUUCAACAGAUUUCACCGGCCAACAAGUAAGCGAAGAGGCCGCCCCAGGAAACACCCGCUGCCUCCCCGGCCCUCCCUGCCCUCGCCCUCCUCCUCGUCUUCCUCCUCCUCCUCGUCCGCCUCCUCCUCCUCCGGCUCCUCCUCGUCGUCCUCCGACGACGAUGACGACGAAGAGGAGGAUGAGGGGGACGGGGCGACAGGCGGGGCGGUGGAGCCGUGCGCGGCGCCGCGCUGCCGGCUGCCCCAGCAGGACACGGUGCAGUGGAUCCAGUGCGACGUGUGCGACGCCUGGUACCACUUAGACUGUCUGCACGUCGACCGCAAGAAGCUCCUGAAGGACCCCAACGCUGACUUUCACUGCGGAUGUUGCUGAGAUGAGAGAAAACCAAGUUUGUGACCAGGAAAUGGAAUUCUUUCAAGACUUUCAAGUUCCCACAUUUUUCCCCCUUAAAUGUUUUUCCAUCAGCCACUCAAGCAAAAUCAACAGAACUUUUUCUGUAAAAAUGCUACUUCUUCUUCUAAUGGCCACCGAGCUGCUCUACUCAUCCAUGCACAAGCUUUUCUCUCCACGUCAGUAGCUGGCGAGGGGCAGGAAAAGGAAUUCCUCCAACUUUUUUUUUUUUUUUUUUACAUCCUGAUCUUCCCAGCAUUCACGCUGCUGCUUCAUAGACCGCUUGCCCGCUCCUGUUUCAGGGAUCAGACUUUUGGAGGAAGAGGCAAACCUGUAAUGAAAUCUCUCCGGGUUGGAUUUUGUUUAUGGCUGUGACUGCCUGGAGAGGUGCGGCCAGGGCGGGAAAACGUAAUGAAAUGUUUCCGAGUAAGCUCCCCCCGGUGGCUGUCGCUGACCACGGGGCUGGCAACGUUCGGGAAGAUGAAUGAAAUGGCUCAGAUCGGGCUGCCACAGUACACGUCUUUACAGGGCUUUGUCGGCUGUCUCAGUGCAGCCACCGUCACUAUUUUAGCCGCUGGGCCAAUUUGUCGGAACACAAUAGGACCUUCAGUGAACAUGAUGUGGUUAGCACGGCCAACAAAGCCUCAACACUCUUGCUCUCAAAAUAAGACAGCGCCGGGCUGGUGUUUUCUCACCUUAAUGAAAUGUUUCAGUGCAGCCUUCCUGUGUGGCGGCAGCAGCUGUCUAGGAGUUGGUCUUGUGAUAUUUCAAGACAAUUAACGGCAGGAAAUGUGUCACAAGACUCCCAGUGUCGCUGCUGAUGAGAGGUGCUCGAGGGAUGAUAAUCCGAUGUGUGCAGUGGGACCGUUGUGAGGAGACGUCUGAGUGCAGGCUGACAGCGUGGCAGCUGCUGCUUUCAGAGAUGAAAUGCCAUGAAAUAUCAUCCGCUGAUGUAACAGGAUAAACGGAAUUCAGAAAACCAUCGCCUCUGACUGGUCGGUUAAGUAGCGGAUGCUUUUACAAUCUAAUCUUUAUCCUUAAUAGUCUCUUCACACUACUGAACUCAUGGGCCAAAGUGGACACUUUGGUCCUGACUGAAUUGUUCUUCAGUACAGAAAAGUUGAUGGACACAUACCUUUACUCAGCUGCUUGAGUUAGAGUCAGAUCAAAGCAUAGAACUCCAAAUUCUACUCAUAAGCACCUUUUCUAUUAUUUAAUUCUACAUUUUGACUUUGGUGUGCUCACCAGGACAAAGCAGUUGCUUCAAAACAACAUAUGUGAGCAGUUAUACCACUUGUAUUAUAGUUCUGACUCCGAGCUAUUCAGCGAGUGGUAGUGCUAAAAAAGGCUUUUUUUUUCUUUGAUCAUACCCCUUUGGCAGUUUUUUGAAGUGGGAGAAAAAGUAGAAAACUGGAUUCUUGAGCAAUAAAAUAAUAGAAAAAAAAAAACCUAAAAUAUAUUUUUUUAACUUGGAAAAGCUGAAUAAAGACUAAUGAUGGCUUACAGCUCAGUCAAAGCUGAUUUUUCUCCAUCGGUGGCUCCCCUGCAGCCUGAUUACAGUGACUCUUGUGCUGCUUCUCUGCCGUCUGCUCAGCAGGAUGUAGCCUGGAAGGAGCUGUUCAUCACAAAGCCAGCCGAGAGCUAAGCAAAAAAAAAAAAAAAAAAAACUGGUUCGGGAUCGGUUCAUUUUCCAGUUCGGUGAAUUCAUUUGAAAAUCCCAAAAAUAGACGAAAAAAAAAGUGGUGUUUUGUGAGGUCAAUAAACUUUUAUUUUAAUGGAAACAAUAAAGCUAGUGUUACUCGUUUCACUUAAAAUACUUUCAUUGACACUGUGGUUUCAUCAACAUAUUACUAUGAAAAUAACCAACACUUCUUUUAAUGAUGUGAGGUUACAUCACCUCACUGCAGUAAUACAAUAUCAAAUUGUGUGUGUGUGUGUGUAUAUACCAUAUAUAUAAAUAUGACUUAACAUAAUGGCCUCAUACUGUAAAACCGAUUUGAAGGACCUGUUUGGUCCUCUUGAGCAGAGGUUACUGAAAUGUAAAAAGA